AUUGCUUGAUUAAAUGAUUUACAGCUUGCUGAGGAUUAUUUAAUAGCUUCUGAAAAAUAUUGAAAGUGACCAUUUACAGCUAAGCAGAAUGAGCAAAAUGAGCGAGAAAGGGUUAUCUAAAUGGAGGAUUGUUCUGCUGGGUAAAACUGGGGAAGGAAAAAGUGCAACAGGAAACACCAUACUGGGAAAUAACUGUUUUCGUAGUGCAUAUUCCAUGCGUUCAAUUACAGUCACCUGUGAAAAAGCAAAUGCAAAUCUGUUUGGUAGAAACAUUUUAAUAAUUGACACUCCAGGAUUGUUUGACACAUCAUUGUCUGAACAAGAACUGAAAACUGAGUUAGAGAAUUGUGUCUACAUGUCUGCUCCCGGUCCCCAUGCUUUUCUGCUGGUGAUCAGACUGGAUGUCAGGUUUACAAAAGAAGAGAAGGAUGCAGUGAAAUGGAUUCAGGAGAACUUUGGACAAGAUGCUUCACAAUACAUCAUCAUUCUUUUCACACAUGCCGAUGUACUGCAGGGAAAUUCAUUAGAUGAGUUUAUUAAAGAAAAUCAAGAUCUACAAGAUUUAACUAAGAAAAUCCCUUAUCACUCCUUCAACAAUGAAAACAGACAAAAUCAGGAUCAAGUUAAAGAGCUGCUAAAGAAAAUUGAACAAAUGGUGGAGAGACACAACGGAGCACACUACACAAAUGGGAUGUAUGCCAAAGCCCAGAGAAAGAUUAGGGAGCAGGAGCGGCGGCAGCGGGAGCAGGAGCGGCGGCAGUGGGAGCAGGAGCGGCAGCAGUGGGAGGAGCAGCAGCAGUGGGAGCAGGAGCAGCAGUGGGAGGAGCAGCAGUAG